AUGGACACCGCCCCCAAUCAAACGCUCUACGUUUCUAACCUGCAGGAGAAGAUCAAAAAGCGUGAGUUGAAGCAGCUGCUGUAUGCCCUGUUUGGGCAAUUUGGCAAAAUCGUAGACAUCGUGGCCAUGCGGACCGACAAGCUGCGGGGACAGGCCUGGAUCGUGUAUGCGGACAUUACGGCAGCCACCGCCGCGCUGCGAGGCAUGCAGGACUUCCCCUUCUUUGACAAGCCGCUGCGCGUGAGCUUUGCCAAGUCCGCAUCACACGCAGUGGCGCCGAAGAAGGGCGGCAAGGGCGCAAAGGGCAAGCCCCCCAAAGCGCCCGCGGCGGUAGCAGCAGGCGGCGACGCAGCGGCGAAAGCCAAGCAGCCAGCGGAUGCAGCGGCAGCAGGAGGCAGGCAAAAAGCGGCGGCGGUGGAUGUGGGGGAACCAAACGCCAAGCUAUUUGUGGAGAACCUGCCAGCGGCAACCACGGCGGCGAUGCUGGAAAUGCUGUUUCAGCAGUUCCCAGGCUGCAAGGAGGUCACAACUGUGCCCGCCAAGCCCGGCAUCGCCUUUAUUGAGUUUGAGACGGAGAUGCAGGCGACGGUGGCCAUGACGGGGCUGCAAGGCUUCAAGGUCACGCCGCAGAACAGCAUGACCAUAACUUACAGCAAGUGA